CUGAAUUGCAUUCUGUUGUAGCAAUACUCACCCUCCAGUCUGCGUUCAGCUGCUGACUAAAGCCUGUGCUCAGACGAGGAAUAACUGAGCCUUACUAAGAUUUUAAAGAAGACUCAAGCAUCUUCCACCCUGUCUGAGGACAGGCACUCUGCGGGGUCUGACCCUCCCCAGGAUUCAGGGUCCAUCCAUUGGCAGACCACUAGUCUGGGUGAGUCCUGGGCGUCUGUAAGCAACAUGGAUCCCGAUCUCAGAAGUCUGGAAACCAGUGAGAUGUUUCUACUACAAGAGGACCACAGUGAAAACCACUCCUCCACCUCUGACAUAAUCAAUUUGGAGGCGGAGCCUCAUGAAAGGGUGGAGUCAGAUGAGGAAGACCUCCAGUGCAGUGUUUUGAGCAUUGAUAAGGAGCUGGCGGAGAUUGAAGCACAUGUUUCUUCUCCAUCUGAAUCAGAUCUCAGGCCUCCACAUGCGGUGGAGCUUUUAAUGUGUGUGGAGGAGCCAAUAGUGCAGGAAAUUGAGUCGGAAACAGCUGCUGAGCCAGUCUUUACGCACACGCCUCUUCUGUCGGAGCCUUUAGAUUUUACACUGGCUUCAGUUCCCAUUCCUGAAAUCAUCUCACAGGUUUUAGAUCAUCUCCCACAGUCUGAUGAAUCAUUUAUCUCUGAAUCUGAUGCUCUGAGCGUGUCUCGCGAUAACACAGCGUCUCCCGCAGAAGAGGUCACAUCCAAGCCAGACUCCAUUUCCACCUCAGCUUUUGAACUUCCUGUGCUGCUGGUUGGUGGCGCUGCCCUGGUGGCGGUGGUUGGAGUGCUCAUGUACACCUUGAGUAGAAAAUAGCACUUCUGUGUGUCUUUUAAUGCCUUGUUUCCACUGAGUGUAUGGUUCAGUUCGGUACGGGUCACCUUUAUUAGACUCGAGUCUCCACUGUCAAAUGGUUCCCUUUUGGUAGGCAUAGUAUAAGACAGAAAGCUGCAGUAAACAUCAUUCUCGCUAGAAGAAAUGUAAAAGUAAAGCAGUACAAGUGGUUCACAUAGCAUAUGUAUUAAUAGAUGUAAUGUCUUGGUUGUGUAUUUUAAAAUGGCGCUUCCUUUGUGUUCAAUCUCCUGGCUUGUUGCAUGCGCUAGUGAUGCUUCUCUGCAGACCAAUAGCGUUCAGCUGCGCAUCUAGCUCCACCCUUUUUGUAACGUUCUGUUGUUUUGGUACCCUUUGGAAAGGGUACCCAAGAAGGAAUAAGGUACGGUUAAUUUUUUGGUACCAUCUGACCGUGGAAACAGACUUAAAAGCAUAACGAACUGUAUCGUAUACUGUACCGCUCAGUGAAAAUGGACCAUAAAAGUUUCAAUAUUGUACCACAACUCAACAAACUGUAUAGUUAAUUACCAAAUUUACAAAAAUACAGUGUUAUUAUUAAAUAUUGCUUGUCUUAUUUUUGUUUAUUUGCAUACACAUACAUUACACGAUGGUGUUUUAUGAAGAGGCUUCUCAUCGAAAUCUGAUACAUGGAGAUAUAUGCAAAUUACAUUGCAUACAAGUUCAUAUUUGGAUUUUACCUACAGUAUAUCUUAUAUAUGCAGCAUAUGUUAGAAAAUUAUUUAGAAAUGGCCACUUAUAUAUAUAAUUUUUAACCAUUGGAGUUACAAAUAUGAAGGCUACAUAUAUGUUCAAAUAUAUCAGGGGCGCUCAUCCCUGUUUCUGGAGAUCUACCUUCCUGCAGAGUUUAGCUUCAACCCUGAUUAUUAUUACUGUCAGUUAAUGCUAUCUAUCUGUUAAUCAAUAGUCCAUUUAUAAUAUAUGCUUUGCUUGGUAUUUACUUGUGGAUACAUGUGAAUAUUGACUUCAGCCAUGUCUAAUAAAGGAUGAGACAUUUCCGAAAUAA